AUGUCAUUCCGCAAGAGGAAUGCAGUAAUAUCUGCAUCUUCCUCGUCGCCAGCUGUAGCCCAGAGUCGGUCUGGAUCACAGCUUUCUCCUGGCUUGCGCCCGUCUCCCCUGGAUGGUCGCAUCACAACGUCCACGGGAACUGCUUCUCUGGACGGCAUUCUCGCUGGCCAUGCCGGUCUCCCUCUUGGCUCAUCACUUCUCAUAGAAGAGCAAGGUACAACUGACUUUUCUGGAAACUUGCUCAAGUAUUAUGCAGCGGAAGGUCUUGUCCAAGGCCACCAGGUGCAUGUGCUGGGCCUUCCCGAAGCUUGGAAAUAUGAGUUGCCGGCCGUGUCCGCCAAACAGGGAGGCACUUCUGCGAAGCCAACCAGCUCGGCAGAUGACAAGAUGAAAAUUGCCUGGAGGUACGAGAAUCUCUCGAGUAGGCAUGCUCCCAACACCACUUCGAAUGAUGGAGACGAUUCCAAAGCUGUCUUCUGUCACGCCUUUGAUCUGACCAAGAGACUGGCCUCAGCUUCCAUCCAAGGCACCAUAUCAACAACACCGGCUUCUGUCCCCCAAAGUCCCUUUUCGGAGGCAAAGGAAAAGCAAUCGCCAUUCAAAGUCUUUAUCCAAACCCUUCAAGGAGAGCUCCAGAAUUCUCCGCCGUCGACGAUCCACCGCGCUAUUGUGCCCAGCCUCCUGUCGCCGACGCUUUACCCCCCUGGCGUCUGCCAGCCUGCUGAGGUACUUCAGUUUAUGCACGCACUGAGGGCACUCCUGCGACAGCACGGCGCCAGACUGACUGCCCUCAUUACCCUGCCCGUUACGCUGUUUCCCAGAAACAAUGGAGUGACGCGUUGGGUGGAGUUGUUGUCUGACGGAGUGCUUGAAAUGAUACCGCUGCCACCAAAGCUGGGUGCCGCUCCGCCGUCAUCCAACAGUGAAUCGAAGGUCCAAGAGCAGAGUCAGGGCAUACUCAGGGUGCAUUGCUUGCCUGUUUUCCACGAAAAAGGCGGUGGUGGCGCUGAGAAUCACCACUUUCGAGAGGAUCUUUCAUUCCAUCUGAGUGGCACCAAAGGGCUGGUCAUCCAGCCAUAUGUUCUUCCUCCAAUGGAGGAGGAGGAUCACAAGGAAAAGUCACCACCCAGUACCGUCAAGGACGGUAUCGACUUUUGA